AUAUUUUCCUUCAUUGAAAGAAAAGCUUUAAUUCGAUUCCCCCUGUUCAUCUCUGUCCCAAACUCACACUCGUAUUCCUAGCAAGAAAUUUCAAACAGCGGUCGAUCUUCCUUUCCAUUCGCUAAACUUUUCAAUCCCAAAUAUGGCGGAGGCUGUGGUUACAAUUCUGCUUGACAAUUUAGGAUCUGAUGUGACAUUGCACGUGCGUAGGAUCAGUGAAGCAAAAGAUGAACUCCAGAGGCUGGAGAAUGACCUGAGGCUCUUAAACUGCUUCCUUCACGACGUGGGCGGGAAUCGGGAUCUGGAGAGGCAGAUCAAGGAGCUCGCUCACGAUAUCCAAGAUAUCCGUGAUUCUUGGUUGAUCCACCGCGCCGCCAACAGACAUCUGACGCCGAACAAGAUUAGGGGUAUGUACGAACUCGCGGAACAGAUCAGCUCCGCUAGGGUUGGUAGAAUAGACCCCUUGUUUCGCAGGAUCGAGGCAUAUAGAGAUCUGCGAGAACUGCAACAGCACCCUACAAAACUCAAUCAGCUGAAAAAAACAGAGGAACCAUGGAUCGCACCAAAUAAGUUUGUUGGCUUUGAAAAGGAGGAAGAGACUUUCAUCAGCAUUCUUAUGGAAGAAACAGAGGAAGUUGAUGUUAUCUCCAUCACGGGCAUGCCCGGCAUAGGGAAGACAACUCUGGCGUACAAGAUUUAUCAUGACAAAAGAAUCAUUGACGAGUUCCCCACUCGGAUUUGGGUUGAUAUUCCUCUCGACUUCAACAGCAGGGAUUUGAAUCAUUGUAUCUUAAUAGAACUCAUGAGACAAGGCAUGUUUAAUAUGCCUGGUCAAGCAUCCAGUAGUAGAGCAUCGCCUCUUGAUAUUCUUAAUGAAUCUAUCGAGAGUGGCAGGAUUAGUGAUCAUCAAUUAAUCUAUGAGGUCCAUGCCUGUCUAAAGAAGAGAAGAUUCUUGUUAGUCAUGGAUAAUGUAUGGACUGCCGAUACCUUGCAGAGCAUAAGGUGUUUCCUGCCAAACGCAGGUAAAAUUCUAACAACCAGUCGCAACAAUCACGUCGCUGGGAAGCCUCGUGUGCUGCGUUUCCUGGAUGAAGAUGAAAGCUGGAAAUUGCUCCAACUGGAAGUGUUCGGGAAUCUCGUUGAGUGCCCUGAAUGGUUGAGACCUGUGGGCAAACGUAUUGUCGAGAACUGUGAUGGCUCGCCACUUGCAAUUUCUGUAGUUGCAAGUAGUCUCAUGGUCCCACCCUCGACAGACGAAGCCAUGGUCGAGCCCCCGACAGACACAGCCAGUGCUCUGACUUUGAAGUGGUGGGAGAAGGUGGCUGAGAAUGUGACCAACUACAUCACACAGUACUGCACCCAGCACAAUGUGAUCGAACGUGUCGAGCCGAGUUACACAGAAUUGCCUCAACAUUUGCAAGAUUGCUUCCUGUAUAUGGGAGUCUUCCCUCAAGGUUAUGACAUCCCCGUCUGGACAUUGAUUCGUCUCUGGAUUGCGGAAGGACUCGUGCAAGAUAGCUGGGGGCUGUCUCUGGAGGAAACUGCAGAGAGGAAUCUGUAUGAUCUCGUCAGCAGAAACUUGGUCGUGGUUGGUGAAGUUAAACCCGACGGCCAAAUCAAAACAUGCCGCCUUCAUAUAGCGAUAUACGGAUUCUGUAAAUUUAGAGCUGCAGAGCAGGAGUUUUACCACGAGAUCACAAUGUCCGAAGGGGUUCUUGAUAGUCCAGCGUCUCUCACUCCAAAUCAUCGUCGUCUCUGCAUCGACUCCUGUCUCUCAGAAUUCCUAUCUAGUCGACCACGGGGACCGUGUAUCCGUUCCAUUCUAUGUCUCAACAAUGGAGGCAAGGACCUGAGUCACGAAGACGUUUCCACCAUCCAUAAAUCCUUCAAGUUGCUCAAGAUUUUCGAGUGCAAGGGGGCCAAAUUCACUAGAUUUCCCACUAUGCUGUCCAAACUAAUGAAUCUGAGGUACAUUUCUUUGUCGUGUGAUGAUGUCAUUCCUAAAACGAUCUCGUCGCUAUGCUACCUAGAAACUCUGGUAGUGCACACCAAGUCGGCUUCCAUGAUAAAACUGGAAGCUAAUAUAUGGAGGAUGCCAAAGCUGCGGCAUUUGGUGACAAAAGCAGCCAUUCUUCUAGCCAUAAAAGGAAAAGGUAAAACAGGCAAAGAUCUUCAUACACUGACUAGAUUUGCUCCCGUGAGUUGCACGAAAGAUGUGUUCACUAGGGCCCCUAACCUACAGAGGUUCGGGAUUCGAGGCCACUUAGCUGAUCUUUCAGACGCCGACUCCUUGAAAAAAUUGGAGCGCCUUGAAAAUUUGAAGAUGGUAAAUGAACCUGCAAGAGAAAUUCAGCUUGAUCUAUGCUGUUUCCCACCAACUCUCAAGUGGCUCACACUGUCAGGUACAUACUUGAAAUGGGCGAGUAUGUCGACAUUGGGAAAGAUUGAUAGCCUCGAGAUCCUGAAGUUGAAAAACAAUGCAUUUAUAGGAGAGUCUUGGAGUAGUACAGCUGAGGAUGGCUUUGGUCGUCUCAGAUUCCUGUUGAUUAGAACCACGGAUUUAGUUUCUUGGGAGGCCUCGGCUGAUUGUUUUCCUAGUCUCAAGCAACUUGUGCUUAACGAUUGUGAAAACCUCCAACAAAUUCCAUCAACUCCGCCCAGAAACCUUGACAAGUUGGAUGUAGAUGGAACAGUAUCUGAAUCUGCAGCUGAGUUUGCCAGGAAAAUUAAUCAGGCAAGGACUGAAUCAAAUGAGUGAUUCGAUUCCAAGUUGAAAAGGCUAUAAAGUUAUCGUGUUGGGAUGUAUUACUUUGUCUCUGUCGAAUCCACAAAACAUCAUCUUCGACAUUUGUAAGAAGAGUUGUUUCGUGUGUUGCAACUUCCACAUGACUUCAAAUUUCUGUUUGUGUUCAAGCAUUCCGAAGUUUUUUU